GCCUGAGUGUGUGUAAUGUCUACAUAUUCGCUGAUCCAAGCAGUUUUGGACGAAUGGGUUUAUCUUUUUUUGGUGUUUGUGGUGUUAUGGGCUGUGAUGAGCUAUGUGGUGUUAGUGGAGAGGAUUGCAGAUGAAGCAAAUGGAAAUGAAGACUGCAGCGACUGGCGGAAGAGCCACGGGGGCAUGCGUGGGCACAAAGCACAUGCGGCGAGUUCGAUGAGAGCCGGUGCAUGUGAAAGGUCGUGUUUUUAUCUGGUCAGUGAUCGCUCAUCCCGCCACGGUCAACAGGUCAGCUACUUUAACCCAUCAAUACUUCCAUACCAACACCUUGGUUUGUUUGGAGAUUUUAUGAGAUACAUUGUGAAGCAGCAGACUUUUCUUUUUUGUCUUGUUGCAUUUACCUGUUUCACUCACACCACUGAAUCCCUAUACUGUCUGAUUUUGACAAGGAGAUACAAUCUGAAUCUGCUUGACACAAUCUCUUGGUUCAUAUUGGUGUUUGUCUAUGGUUUUUUCUGCUUGCAGUAUCUAAAACCUAUCAAAGAGAAAUCCACUUGAAUAUUUUCCAACUUCAUGUAUUCUUGGUACAAAAUAUGUCUUUGAAAUAAAAAAUAUUUUAUAUAAUUUGAUUCCUCAUAAAUAUUAUGAAUUUAUCAAUAAUCAACCAAUAAAGAGACAUUGACAACAUA